UUGUAGGACGAGUUUGUUGAAGUUUGGCGAUUGCGCGUUGUGGGCAAUAUACAAAUGGUGGAGGCGCCGGGUUGUUCUUACUUCUUUACCAGUCCGUCGAUGUACACCUAAUCGAGCUAUUUUUCCACCGACUUUUGUUUGAAACAAUGUGGCUUCCGGUUUCUACAAUUGCCGCGCUUUGCGUCCUCCUCGACAUGUCCGAUACCACUCGAUCCGAAAAUGAACUCGAACUUGUCUUCAGAGACAGAUCACAAUCCGACUGGGAGGAAGCUUGGCAUAAAGAGAAAUAUACCCGAUGUCGUGAAACUCUAAUCAAGCAUUUGUACUGGGCUUGCGAGAAGGACAUUUACCGUUUGACUCGGAGAAGCGACCAAAGCUACAAUAAUUACAUCACUAACACGGACGAAGAGUUUCCAUAUUUGGCCCCGAAAAAAGCAAAAAGGUUGUUGCGUUUCCGAAGAGGUGUUAAUCGACGUGCUGGCGCUUCUAUCACUUCAGAGUGUUGCAAAUCCUCGGGUUGCACUUGGGAAGAAUACGCCGAAUACUGUCCAACAAACAAGAGAUACACUUCCUACGUUUAAUGCUUUGCAUUUUGGUUGAGUCAUUCAUUUAAUGUAUCUACCUAUGUAAGAAUGUUCGGAAAUAUAGAGAAAUGCAAAAAUUGGGUUGUAUUAUUACUUGCAUAACGACGAAACGCCUUUUAUUGUAAUUUUCUAUUUGAUCUUGUUUGUCUUUCAAAUUUAUAUUAUUAUUAAUGUGUCGC